ACUAUUUCAUGUUUUGUUUCUGUCAUUUUGCCGGGAAUUUUCGCUAUCCAUUCAUCAUUGAACAACGCAAAUAAAUUUGCCCGGUGCAAGUUUUUCCGUAUAAUUACUAAUUAGUAAGACUAUUAUUAAAAGCGUAAUAACUGGAAAUGGCUCCAAGAACUGCCAAAACAAAGAAAACAGAGGUCAAAACAAAAGGAAAAAAUAUUGAGGGACCUACAACUAAUCUAAAAGAUGAUGUUGACAUGAAUGGAAAGUCUGCACCAGUUAUCGAAAAGACAACCAAACGUGGCAAAAGGAAAGCUGCUAAUGAUUCAAGUGAACAAGAACAAAUUAAUAAUAUAAUUGAAGAAACUGCACAACCUGCUAAAAAAGGUAAAAAGGGUGUUGAAGUUGAAACUUCUGAAGAGAAAACUGUGUCCAAUGAUAUUGUUGAAAAUGAAUCUGUAUCUGAUCAAAAUGGUGACACAAAUGGCGAAGCUAAUGGAGGUACUGACGAAAUACCCACUGCUAAAGGUAAAAAGAGACCAACUAAGAAAGAACAGGCAGUAGAAAAAAAUGCUGAUAUCAAGCCAAAAGAGACUGUGAAAAGUCGAAAAAAUACUAAACAAGAAAAAGCUACCAGUGAAGCAAUAGAAGAAGGAGAAAUAGAAGAAAAACCAGUAGCUAAAAAGAGAGGCCGAAAACCUCAACCAAAGCUUGAUGAGAAAUCCAAACCAGAGGAAAGCAAUGAAACAGUUGAAGAGGAAGCUAAGUCUGAUUUGCCAACUAAAGAUAAAAAGAAAGGCGUUAAAGCAGCAGCUGUUAAAGAAAAUACUCCUGAUAGUGAGAAAGAUGAAUCUCAGGAAGGAAAACCAGUAGAAGAAAUUAAAAAAAAGGAAACUAAAGGUAGGAAAGGUCUAGGAAAGAAAGCACAGGUUAAAGAAGAGGUAAAAGAAAAGAGUGAAAACAAAGGUAAAGGUGAUGUAAAAGAAACCACAGAAGAAGAUAAUGCAGAUGGGAAAGCUAAAACUGUUAAAGCAAAGCGAUCGACAAAGAACAAAGUAGCUGAAACAGCAGCCCCUGCUGAAGAGGAACCCCAAGAUACAGGCGAACCAAAGAAGAAGAAGAGGGCUACAGCAGAGGAUACAAAGAAGAAAGCACCGCCUAAAAAUAAAGCGACGACAGACUAUGACAGUUUAGAUUUUUCAAAUUCAUCAAAAAAUGCACAAGGCAAAGAAUGGAACUACAAAAUAGCCAGUUGGAACGUCGACGGUAUAAGGGCUUGGCUGUCGAAAGGUGGACUGGACUAUAUACAGCAUGAGAAACCAGAUAUUUUAUGUCUACAAGAAAUAAAAUGUUCCCAGGAGAAAUUACCAAAUGAAGUAACCAACUUGCCGGGCUACCACGCUUAUUGGCUGUGCAGUGACAAAGACGGGUAUGCAGGCGUGGGCAUCUACACAACGAAACUAGCUAUGAACGUUACAUACGGCCUACAAAACGAGGAGUUGGACAAUGAAGGGCGUAUAAUAACAGCUGAAUACGAACACUUUUAUCUGAUUUGUACUUACGUCCCUAAUGCUGGACGUAAUCUAGUCACACUUCCCAAAAGACUACAAUGGAAUGAGGAGUUUCGCAAAUAUGUUAAUGAGUUAGAUAAGAAGAAACCUGUGAUAAUAUGCGGUGACAUGAAUGUAGCGCAUAACGAAAUAGAUUUAGCAAACCCCAAGACAAACAAAAAGAAUGCCGGUUUCACAAUAGAGGAGCGCACUGGAAUGACGGACUUGCUCGGUGACGGGUUUGUGGACACGUAUCGUCACCUCUAUCCGGACAAAACAGGCGCCUACACAUUCUGGACGUACAUGAUGAAUAGCAGGGCUAAAAAUGUUGGGUGGCGUCUGGACUACUUCAUAGUGUCUCAAAGGUUUUUGCCGUCACUUUGCGACAACGUAAUCAGAGGCGGCGUUUAUGGCAGUGACCAUUGUCCAAUUUCACUCUUCCUACAUCUUAGCAGUGCUGAGAAACCUAAAUAGUUAUACAGUUCAAAUAUAAGUUAUGUUUAAAAAAUUUAUAGAAUAUGGACACUUCUUAUGUAAUGGACUCAUUUUGAGAAAAACAUUUUUUUUUUUAUAGGUACAUUUUUGUUCUUUUUGAUUUUCGAUUUAUUUCAUCACAUUUUCUGAGAUAAUAAAACGUUGUAUUUCCUUAA